AUUUUCCACUGGAGAGGUCGGUUGCAAUCACAGAACUUAAACAUCUCAUGCUACUUCUUCUCUUCUGCUUCUUCCAAUUUUACUUUAAUCAAUUAGGUUAUGUUGUUUGUUGUGAUUUUGAAAUUGUGUUUCUUGUUUCAUUUUUCUAGGUAAUAAAAGUGGUAAAGAAAUUAAAGAAUUCUCUCGUUCCGUAAUCUCAGUAAGAUUUCAAAGUAUCACAAACAAAGCAUUGAAUAAUUAUGUCACAUGGUCUAGCACAACUAAUCAAAAAUUAUUUUGGAAAUCCAGAUAUGAUGAGAAAUGACCUUUGAUUCAUGACUCUUAAAUAUUUGACAUAUUAUUGACAUUACAAUUUUAUGCAAUAUGAUUAAUUUUCUGAGUGCUCAUUUACCCAACAGAGUUCUUCAAGGUUUAACUGCUGUUUAUUUCAGAGCAUCUGCUGUGAGGAGGAACGGUUACAGAGGCUCUCAUAGUGCACCAGUUACCAUAAAAUUUGAUCAAAUGAAGGUCACUAUUCUACCUGCUCUUUCUGAUAAUUAUAUGUAUUUGAUUACAGAUGAAAAUACAAAACAAGCAGCCGUUGUGGAUCCUGUAGAGCCAGACAAGGUAUUGGAAGCUGUCAAAGCUGAAGGUGUGAACCUCACCAAAGUCCUUACUACUCAUCAUCACUGGGAUCAUGCAGGGGGAAAUGAAGAACUGGUUAAAAAAUCAUCAGGAGCCCUUCAGAUUUUUGGAGGAGACAAGAGAAUUGGUGCCCUAACCAAUGAGGUGAAGCAUGGUGAUAAAUUCUCCAUUGGGGAAAUAAAUGUGGAAUGUUUGUACACCCCCUGUCACACUUCUGGGCACAUUUGCUACUACCUAACAGUACCUGGUCAAACACCUGCAGUAUUUACAGGUGAUACACUUUUCAUAGCAGGAUGUGGCAGAUUCUUUGAAGGUACUGCUGAACAGAUGUAUUCAGCUUUGGUGGAAAAAUUGGGAAAUCUACCAGAUAGUACAAGAGUUUUUUGUGGGCAUGAAUAUACCCAGCAAAAUUUGAAGUUUGCCAAACAUGUUGAAAAAGAAAAUUCUGAUAUCCUACAGAAAAUUGAAUGGGCUGAAGAAAAGAGAAGUAAAGGAUUACCAACAGUUCCAUCUACAAUUGGCGAUGAGAAAAAAAUUAACCCUUUCAUGAGAGUUAUGAUGGGUACAGUGCAAAGCCACACCAAUUGCAGUGAUCCUAUCACCACAAUGCAGUCAAUAAGAAAAGAGAAAGAUAGUUUCAAGGCAUCUUAAGAUUACAUAUAAUCAGAAGAGUACUGUAUAUUUUUUUUGUUCUCAAUAUAUUAUUUACAAAAUUAUGCACUAGUUUCACUGCCCAAUUUGAAUUCAUACAAGUAUGUUUCCAUCAAUUAAAACUUCUUUUCAAAGACAUUUUGAAUUGAACACUAAUAUUCUAGUGCCUAAAAUAGGAGGCAAAUAUAUUCCAAAUAGAGGAUCAUCUUUCAUAUGAAAAAAUUGCCAUGAUUUUAGUCAAUGAAGAGUUAACCAUACCUGCACCAUAUACAUUCAUUUUUUCAUAUUAUACUCUUCCAUUUCUGCAAUAUAUUUUUCUUUUGAUCUUUCAUAUCUAUCCACAUAAAUCUUGAAAAAAAAACAAUAAAUGUCAUGAAUUAAUAUACUGCUAACUUAGAAAUACUUACUUGUUUAUCAGUUACUGAUAAUGUCUUCCAUUUGAGGGCAAGCUGCCUAGUUAAUUCCUGUUUAGAAGGCUCAACCUGACCAGGUUUCAACUCUGAGCUUAUUUGCUCCAUCAGAAUUUGUCUCUGUUCUUGACAAAAUUGAAAGAAUGGGUUUGAAGGUCUCUUUGGAGCAUUAGGAUCUUUUUCUGAUUUUACUGAUUUUCUUUUUGUUGUUUUUCUUGA